GAGGAUGAGGUCCUGACCUCACGGAGUGCGGAGAGCACAUCCAUCUCAGAAGCCCAAGGGAUGUCCACACGCGCCACGAGCAUCACCAGCAACGCAGGUGCAGUGGCUUCGUGCACGGAAUGCACACGCGUCGCACAGGUGAGGUUCGUUUAAACACUCAGCAGGAGUCCCGGAAAGAGGAUCGGGUCAUCGAGCAGGACCUGUUGACGACGUGAGCUGAAAAAGGGCGCAUUCAGAAUGUGCCUGGUAGGUGCCCAUGCGACAGACUGUCGUCCAACCAAAGGCCGCGAUCGCUGGCUCUCCUCUCCAACGCGUCCCUUCUGUUCAGCGCGAACACUAAUCCGUGUGGUCACUGCUCUCGCUUCGCUCUCGUCUCCUGGUGAUGGGUGUCACGCUUCGCCAUCCAGCACAGAUCGUCAAGAAUAGCAGGAGCAUGUCCCUUGAUGGUUUCGGCUACCUACCACUCACUCCACUUAAGUCCUGUCGACAUCAUUCCACAGCCUCGAUAAACCUACGGAGAACAGAGAGGGUGUUGCGUUUUGCUGGGAGCGGAAGGACGGGUCGGACAACGAAGAAAUAGGCAUGGACAAGUCGGAUGACAAUAUAUACUCUAUGUGAGACUUUCGGCUAGAGUGAGUUCACAAAUGAGCAUAACGUCUUCG